CGGCGCCGUGGAGGCGGGGCGGGACUCGUGUGGAUGAGUGGAUGAUGCUUUUCUCCACCGGAGAUCUGCAUUUCAGCACUAAACAUGUGUCAGCAUGAGAUUGAGGAUUAGUCUGCAGUGACAGAAGCUGUUCAGCGUUUCUCAGCGGUUGACUGUCUCCAGCAUGGACUUCCUGCAGAUGAAGCACCUGAAGAGGAAAAGGAAGAGCAACUACAGCGUGAAAGAAACUCAGACUCUGAUCCGUGAGAUCCACAAGCGGCGCGAGAUCCUGUUUUCACGCCAGCAGAACAUGGCCAUCAACGAACUGAAGCGGCGUGCGUGGGAGGAGGUGGCGGACAGUGUGAACGCGCUGGGUGAAGGAGAGCUGCGCACGGCAGCUGAGGUCAAGAGGCGAUACCUGGACUGGCGAGCGCUAAUGAAGAGGAAGCAGCUGCAGGCUGAGCUGGCGUCAGGGUUAAAGCAGGAGUUUGAGCCAUCCUCUCCUGAUAAUGAUGCGUCUCUGGGUGGCGGUGACCAGUCGCUUGACCUCAGUGGCUUUCCCAAAGAUUCCUCGUGCGACUGGCAGGACCUGACGGAUCUAGGAGAGCCCAGCACACACACGCCUGGAGUCAAGAUGGAGGACGACGAGGCCAGCAGCUACAGGUUGGAGGCAGAUGUCGGAGAAGGUGUGGAGGGUGAAGACGAUGAGGAAGACUGUUUUCCCUCCAUCCUCCCUGAUAUGGACCGCGAGGGCCGAGUUCCUGAGGUCUUCGCUCAUAUUGAUGAAUUUGGUGUCCUGAGCUCCACCAAACCCACAUCAGGCCAGACUACAGUCCGAGAUCUGGGACUCGGAGUGGGUGGAGUAACUGGCAUGGGUGUAGCCGGAUUGGGCAUAGCAGGAGGAGAAACCACAAGCCUGCUGGUGGCGCUAGAAAGGCAGCGAUUGGACCUGGAGAAACACAGACUGCAAGUGGAGUCAGAACGGCUGCAGGUGGAGAAAGAGCGCCUCCUGGUGGAGAAGGAGAGACUGCGGCAGGGCGAGGUGGAGCGGGAGCGGCUGCAGCUGGAGAAAGAGCGUCUACAGGUGGAGCGGGAGCGUCUGAGACUUGUUUUACAUCAAAGUACGCCUCUCCAACAGAGCCCCGCCCCCUCUACAUCUGUAGCCACGCCCACCACUUCAUCCUCUGCCCCCUCGUCGUCCUCAUUGGAUGGAGAGAAGGACAGGAAGCUAGUUUGGCCAAUGGUGGUGGAUUUAGAGGCGGAGAAGCUGAAGUUGGAGAAAGAGCGCCUCCUGCUGGAAAAGGAGAGACUGCAGUUCUUUAAGUUUGAGUCAGGCCGGCUGCAGAUUGAGAAGGAGCGCCUGCAGGUGGAGAAAGAGAGGCUGCAGCUGCAAAAAGAUGGACAGCAGAUGGUGCUGCACUCGUGAAACUACACCAAUGCAGUUAGUUAUGAGGUAGGAGGGGAAAAAAAACAUGGGUGCCAUAGUUACCCAUUCGUUUCUGUGGGGGAAAUUAAUUGUGCUUUUUUACUCUUUUAAUUAAAGGGGUGAAAAUAAUUGGGAGACCUUUAAAACAAAAAAGAGGAUGAGAAAUAAAUGCAAGGAAUUUAUUGAAAAUAUGCAUGUGGACUCAUUUAUGAAUGUUCCAGAAAAAUUCAAAACUUUUGUUAUUGUUUUUAGUUUUGCUGUGGACCCUUUUCACAAGAUGGUUAUGAUGCGUUUGAAAAGUUUUUUUAAUAUCUUUUUUUAAUA